GCUCGUUGUCGCACCGUAGCGUCCGGGCCGGGGCAGGAGGGGGAAGAAGAUGGCGGCGGCGGCGGCGCCUCUGGCCCUGGGGCAGUGAGACGCGGAGCGUGGCCGGGCGCGUGAGGAGGCCCCUGGGCACGGCGAGGGAGGCAGGGCGGAGCGGGGGCCCCCAUGGCCGCGGGGCCGGCCCAGGAGCCGCGUCCCGCCCCGGGCCUGCCACGGCCCCGCCGCCGCGGCUGGUAGCGCGGCCCCAGCGCCCGCCCGGGGGGUCACGCCCCCGAGCCUGCCGCGAGAAGGGCUCCCGCCAGGCCUGAGCGCGCCCCCCCCCCCGGGGGCUGAAUCCUCCCCCCACCGCGGCCCCUCAUAGCGGGCUGGGCCGCCCCUAGGGGCAGCGCCCCAACCCCCAGGGGACCGAUUGCCCCCCCCCCCGCAUCCUGCAGGGGAACAGCGCCCCGCCCCCAAGGGGGAGCCUAGUGACCCCCCUUCCCCAAGGGGUGUCGCCCCCCCCUCCCCGGACUGUGCCGAGGAGUGAGCCUCCUGGGGCUAGCCCUCGAGUCCCUCCCCCCUUGCAGAAACAGCAGCGACCCCCCCCCCCAGCAUAUAGCCCCCAGGUCGCUCUGCCGGGCGUCCCAUUCCCCUAGCGCAAAGGGGCGCUGAUCCACCCACCCCCCCCAAGGGAGACUGCCUUAGACUUCGAGACGGUAGACCCUCCCCCUGAGGGGCACAGCUGCCUUUUUCCUUCCCUCUCCUCCCGCCCCACCAAAAGGGCCAGACUCAGGGGGACAGAGGCGCCCCCCCCCAAGUUCUCUUCCCGAGCGCCUUCCUCACGGGAAGACGGUAGCCCCUCACCCCCAGAGGAUCAGGAUGUCGGAGAACCAGCCCAAUGCGAACAAUCACCAUCACCCAAUGAACAACAACGGGGGUGGUGGGGCCGCCGGUGGAAACAACCGGGGGGUACGGAACCCCAACCUCAACCAGAACCCCCUGAUUAAUGUGCGCGAUCGCCUCUUCCAUGCCCUUUUCUUCAAGAUGGCUGUAACCUAUGCCCGCCUCUUCCCACCCUCGUUCCGCCGUAUCUUCGAGUUCUUCGUCCUUCUCAAGGCUCUCUUUGUGCUGUUCAUCCUGGCUUACAUUCACAUCGCCUUCUCCCGUUCGCCCAUUAACUGCCUGGAGCAUGUGCGGGACAAGUGGCCGCGCGAUGGCAUCCUGCGGGUGGAAAUACAACGCAACUCCAGCCGAGCCCCCAUCUUCCUGCAGUUCUGCGAGGUGGAGAAAUUUCCGGGAAUGGUGAUCGAGUCUAUGCAGGAGGAGGAGGAGGAGGAAGAGGAGGAAAUGACUGUGGAGAUGUUUGAAAACAGCUCUGUCAAGUUUGAGCUGGACAUCGAGCCCAAGGUGUUUCUCAAGCCACCCCGGGCAAGCAGCACUGAGGCACUGACCCAGGUGACCCAGAAUGAAAGCCAGGAUUUCUCGUUUAGCGAGGCGACCACUAAAGGUAUGCAGCCUCUGAGUGAGACUGUGUCCGAGUUUGAGAUGCUAGCCAGAGCAGUAUGGCCCCAGGAAGAGUACAUUGUGGAGUAUUCUUUGGAGUAUGGGUUUUUACGCCUGUCUCAGAGCACUCGUCAGCGUCUCAGCAUCCCAGUCAUGGUGGUGACACUAGACCCCACCAGGGACCAGUGCUUCGGAGACCGAUUUAGUCGCCUGCUGCUGGACGAGUUCCUGGGUUACGAUGACAUUCUAAUGUCCAGUGUGAAAGCUUUAGCUGAAAACGAAGAGAACAAAGGUUUCCUCCGCAACGUGGUGUCUGGGGAGCACUAUCGCUUUGUCAGCAUGUGGAUGGCUAGGACGUCGUACCUAGCUGCCUUUGUCAUAAUGGUCAUAUUUACUCUGUCAGUUUCAAUGCUGUUGCGCUACUCUCAUCAUCAGAUCUUUGUCUUCAUUGUGGACCUCUUACAGAUGCUGGAAAUGAACAUGACCAUUGCGUUCCCUGCUGCUCCCUUACUCACUGUCAUUUUGGCUCUAGUAGGCAUGGAAGCCAUUAUGUCAGAGUUCUUCAAUGACACCACCACUGCGUUUUAUAUCAUCCUCAUUGUGUGGCUGGCAGACCAGUAUGAUGCCAUCUGUUGCCACACCAAUACUAGUAAGCGGCAUUGGCUAAGGUUCUUUUAUUUGUAUCACUUUGCCUUCUAUGCAUACCACUAUCGAUUUAAUGGGCAAUACAGCAGCCUGGCUCUGGUCACCUCGUGGCUUUUCAUCCAGCACUCCAUGAUCUAUUUCUUCCAUCAUUAUGAGCUGCCGGCCAUCCUCCAGCAGAUUAGAAUCCAAGAGAUGCUGCUUCAGAACCAGCAGGUGGGUCAAGGGACCCAAACAACGCUUCAGGACAACCUCAACAACAACACUACUGCUGCCCCCACUGACAUGGGCGGCAGGCGGCCCCAUCCAGGAGUGAGUCCUGCCACAGAUAGCAGCAGCUCCAGUUCUCUGGCUCCCAGCGAGGAUCCCAGUGCUGUUGCCAUUGCAGCUGCUACAGCCUCUUCUGUAGGGAGUGAUCUGAACUGGGUAGCUGAAACUGCCGCUAUCAUUACAGAAGCCUCGUUCCUGUCUGACCUGAGCACUAGCCUCUUGGAGCCAAACGUGGUGAACGAAACCCUGGCCAGUGGGAGCCCACAGGAUGCUGCUGUUGCUGCUGCUUCAAGCUUGGUAGCCCAAAUUCGAGUCAGUAGCGACCACGUGGAGACUGCUGUGGGCUCCAUUACUGUUGAGGUCUCAACAGCAGUGGUUACUGCAACAGAUGCACCCGCUGGUGCAGAAGACACACCAGCUACCCCCCUUGCCAGUGCCCCCCUUGUCCCAACACAGGAGGAUGGUGCAUCUGUCCCCAGUCCUUCCCUUCCCGAGCAGACUGAGGCUGCAGGGGAGCCAUUCAGCCAAGCAGAACCUAGUGGAAAGGACUAUGUUGCAAACAGUAACCUGGCAGAGACCCCUCAGCCCCUCACGCAAAAUGCUGAUCUGGUCAAGCAUUUGGAUAGUGCUUUUGGGGACCAUGGGGAGACCGCCCCCUGCCCAACAGCAAUGGACAGUACAGCCUGCUCUGAAGCUCACUCGGAACCAGAGUUCAGGAGCCUGAGCCCGUUCUCUCAUUGAUCUCUGGCAGUCCAGAAGGAAUCUGGAUUUCUUGUUUCUCCCCAGGCCUGACCCAUAAUUCCUUUUAGUGAGGGCAGAGCAGCUGGAGCAUGGUAAAGAUUCAGUACAUUUCUCCCCUGGACUCUAAAUGUGUAUGUGUGUAAAAGGGACAGACUAGCUGGCCAUUAAUGCCCAGCAUCCCUCUGCAACUAGACCUGCAGAGAGGUUCUUCACUGCAUGCAAGCUGCUGGGCCCCACAUUUUACUUAAGCCAUUGGCAGACAACAGGGCUGCCGGAUUGGUCACUUGGGCUAGUCAGUGUCACAGUUCUGUGGUCCCCACUCCUUCCUCCCACCCCUCUUGUGUUGCUCUCACAAGGAAGGGCUUCCAGUUGUACUGGCUGGAUCAGCGGCUGGGGACUGAGUCAUUAGCCUUACUUGCCUUUGCAAGUGUGACCCAAAUUGUACUAAACAAUUUUUUGUUUUAACUCCCGCUCCCCCCCCCCCCCCCAAAAAAAAUCUUAGUGUGAUGAGUUGCAUCUAGUGUGGUGUAUUCCUGGAAAGAGAGGCUGGAAAGCUCAUCAACUGAAAUGGAAAUGAACCUUGGGGGCAGUCAGAAACCACUUGCUGGAGCUAAGAGUCAUUUCCUUUCACCAUGGGAGCUUCAGUGGAUGGUGCUUGACAUCUUCACUCUGACAGUUUGGUAGUGUCUAGCUGACUUUGUCCAUAACUGACUCCCUGUUCUUCACUCUUGUUCCUCACCAGCCAUGUGGGCCUUGACUGUAGAAGGGUUUUUUGGCUACUUAGCAAAGGAGUAAAGUUGGCUGUUGCAAAGACGUGUGUGUAUCUGUAUAAGGGGUGAGACACAUGUCUGUAUUAAUGUUGGGGAGAAGAUACAGGUGGCAGUUUCUUGGCAUUCCUAACUUUUAGAACUGCAGUUUAAUAGAGUGUGUGUGUGUGUGUGUGUGUGUGUGUGUGGGGCAGGCAGGGGGGGUAUUAAUGUCUCCUUUGGAGAUCCACAGAAAGCAGCAGAGGGCAUCAGCAAGCUUGGCCCUCCACUAGGGAAAGGGCAUCUUAAGCCCUGUGCCCUCUUACCAGAUUUCAUCGCAGAUGAGAAGCUGGGAAUAGGGCUUCGAUUAGCUGUAGUUAAGCAUCUUCCUGCUGCCCUCUCCCCCCUGACCUGUUACCAGUGGCCAGCGUGUCCGGGGAGACAUGAAACAUGAGGCUGUUUUCCUGUGCUAACAGCUCUCUGAGAGCCAGUCAGUUGUGCCUGAGCUGAUAGGUUCAUACCACUUCCCCCUGCAGGUUGGUGGCAGGGGUAUGCUUGUAACCAUCUAGGCUGAUUCUGGGAUGGAUCCCCAUAGCUCUCUUCCCUUUUCCAUUCCUACUGCACCCCCCAAAAGGAGAGCAGCUCUUCUUUCCACCCCAUGGCCUCUCGGCAGGGGCUCUCUCAAUCUAGCACCUUAAAUGCAUAGCACAUAGACUGUGGGUAAGCUAAAGGGGAGCUAGUGCCAGGGGCUGUGGCCUGAAAACAUUAGGAACUGAACAAUAGCUUCAUAAUUAAUGAAGGAGCUUUCAGGGACGCAUGUGUGUAGCCCUGUCACCACAGAGCUCCACUCUUUGCUUUAGUGGCUUAGCCUGUUUUUUCAGUGCCUUGUCCCAUGCGUGGGACACCCUCACAUCCUAAGAUUGGGCCCUUCCACAAGUCGAGGAAACCCCCUUGGCACAGGGCCAGAAGGGGAGACUGCAGGUAGAAAACUGUUACUCAUGAUGGUUCGGUAGAACAGGACAGGACCCGAACACUGAAGCCAAGAAGAAAUUGAGAUACCCCCCACCCCGUUUCCUCCUUGGCAAAAAGGAACCCUGGAGCACUGUCCUGCUGAAAGGAAGAGGCAAAGCUAGCUCUGAGAUUAGUGUCUCACCCUGAUAGACUGUAGUUUGCCUAGGGGUUGUCUGUCUUUCUACCCUUUUACUAACUCGUUCUAGUAGGUGGUAUCUGGUACCCAAGUUAGAGAGGCUGCAUUAGAAACCAUCCUGUUAUCGGCAGCAGAGUUUUCUAGUUUGCUCAGCCUGCACUGGUAUGCCCAUCCUGGGAGCUGCUCCCUUUGGAGAAAAGUUUCUGGUAAGUGAUGUCCGAUUCCCCCAGCAAGGCUCUGAGAGGGGAGAUAAACUCAGGAAAAGGUAGCGUAUGUGGUGGAAAAGGGAAGUACCAAGGGGGAGGGUGGGGCUUAGCCUCCCACCUCCCCUCUAAUCAAGGGGGCCAUGUCACAAGGGGGAUGGAGACCAAGCUGUGGAAUUGUUCUUGGGCUCCAUCCUUGUCUACAGGAGCUAAUCAGCCCUCAUCCGGUGUUUCCUUCCUGUCUGAUCAGUCCUAGGAAUGAGGCCCUCUGGUAUUUCCACUGCUUACCACACAGGGGAGGUGCUGUUGGAUGGGGAAUUGGGGUGUUAUUGAAGGAUUUGCCAUGUCAGUGGCUGCCCAGCGCAAAGGGGUUUCUGACAAUAUCUCAGCUUUCUUUCUCUGCCUUUCCUCCCCAGAAACCCAUUUAGGGAAUACAUGCUGCUGCUGGAGGUGGAGUGUGCAUGCCAGGGCCUGGUAUGUUGGUAGACCCCUCUCACUACACCCAGCCUCCCCAGGAGCGAGACUGGGUCCAGCCAACAUCUCCCCCCUCAAUUAUCUGAUGCUGCUUCUAGGCAGCUGAGCUCCUUGCAGACAGGUUGUAAAGGUCACAGAGCACAAGCCAGCAGAAACAGCUGUAGGAUUUUAGGGGGGGGAAAUGAACCAAAUCAUUUGUUGAAUGAAGGGUAGAGUUCAUUCUAUUUAAUUAAUGUAAAAAUGUUUGUAUGUGUAUAUAUAUAUAUAUAUAAUAAAUAUUAUCUCUAAC